CGGCUCUUUCCGUAAGCUGCAGAUGGUUACGUCACGUUUGGUCAAGAGAAACAAGCCCCGCCCUCCCGAGCAGCGCCUCAUCGUUCACCGUCGAUCCGCCCGGAUAACAACCUCCACGUACGUUAGCUGCUUCAUUAAACUCACCGAGAAGAUGGACGCCUCAGGCAAAGUGCUGGAGACGGCCGAAGACAUCCAGGAGCGCCGGCAGCAGGUGCUGGACCGCUACCGGCGCUUCAAGGACCUGUCGAUCAUGCGGCGGCAGAAGCUGGAGGACUCGUACCGCUUCCAGUUCUUCCGCCGCGACGCCGACGAGCUGGAGAAGUGGAUCCAGGAGAAGCUGCAGAUUGCCUCCGACGAGAACUACAAGGACCCGUCCAACCUGCAGGGGAAGCUGCAGAAGCAUCAGGCCUUCGAGGCCGAGGUCCAGGCCAAUGCCGGCGCCAUCAUCAAACUGGACGAGACUGGAAACCUCAUGAUCAACGAGGGACACUUCUUCUCCGAGACCAUCCGAACUCGUCUGGAGGAGCUGCACCGCCUGUGGGACCUGCUGCUGCUGAGGACCAAGGAGAAGGGCAUGCGUCUGCUGCAGGCCCAGAAACUGGUGCAGUACCUGCGCGAGUGUGAAGACGCCCUGGACUGGAUCAGUGAUAAGGAGGCCAUGGCCACAUCCGAGGAGCUGGGCCAGGACCUGGAGCACGUGGAGGUGCUGCAGAAGAAGUUCGAAGAGUUCCAGACGGACCUGGCGGCGCACGAGGAGCGCGUGAACGAGGUGAACCAGCUGGCGGCCAAGCUCAUCCAGGAGACCCAUCCCGAGGCAGAGCUCAUCGUGCGCAAGCAGGACGAGGUGAACGCCGCCUGGCAGCGCCUGAAGGGCCUGGCCCAGCAGAGGCAGGGCAAACUGUUCGGAGCGGCCGAGGUGCAGCGCUUCAACAGGGACGUGGACGAGACCAUCAGCUGGAUCAAGGAGAAGGAGCAGCUGAUGGCGUCGGACGAUUUUGGACGCGACCUGGCCAGUGUGCAGGCUCUGCUGCGCAAACACGAGGGUCUUGAGCGAGACCUGGCUGCUCUGGAGGACAAGGUCAACACGCUGGGCGGCGACGCCGAGCGGCUGCAGCAGACUCAUCCACAGAACGCCGCCCAGAUCCACCUGAAGAAGGACGAGCUUGUCACCAACUGGGAACAGAUCCGCACUCUGGCUGCGGAGCGCCACACUCGCCUGAACGACUCGUACAGGCUGCAGCGCUUCACCGCCGACUUCCGGGACCUGACCAGCUGGGUGACGGAGAUGAAGGCCCUGAUCAACGCUGACGAACUGGCAAACGACGUGGCCGGAGCAGAGGCACUGCUCGACCGCCACCAGGAGCACAAGGGAGAGAUCGACGCUCACGAGGACAGUUUCAGAUCAGCGGACGAAGCGGGACAGGCUCUGCUCAACACAGGUCACUACGCCUCCGAGGAGGUCAAGGAAAAGCUGGGCGUCCUCACGGAGGAGAAGGAGACUCUGCUGGAGCUGUGGGAGGUUCGCAGGCAGCAGUACGAGCAGUGUAUGGACCUGCAGCUCUUCUACAGGGACACAGAGCAAGUCGACAACUGGAUGAGCAAACAAGAGGCGUUCCUCCUGAACGAAGACCUGGGCGACUCCCUGGACAGCGUGGAAGCUCUGCUGAAGAAACACGAGGACUUUGAGAAGUCACUCAGCGCCCAGGAAGAGAAGAUCACUGCCCUGGACGAGUUCGCUACCAAACUGAUCCAGAACAACCACUACGCCAAAGAAGACGUGGCAACGCGCAGAGACGCUCUGCUCAACCGCCGCAACGCCCUGCACGAGCGCGCUCAGUCUCGCCGCGCCGCCCUGGAGGACUCGUUCCACCUGCAGCAGUUCUUCAGGGACUCCGACGAGCUCAAGAGCUGGAUCAACGAGAAGAUGAAGACAGCCACUGAUGAAGCCUACAAGGACCCGUCCAACCUGCAGGGCAAAGUGCAGAAGCACCAGGCGUUCGAGGCAGAGCUGUCGGCCAACCAGAGCCGCAUCGACGCACUGCAGAAGUCAGGCCAGGAGCUGCUGGACGGGAAACACUACGCCUCCGACGAGGUGGCCUGUCGCAUGGAGGAGGUCGGCUCCCAGUGGAAGAAGCUGCUGGAGGCCACCGAACUCAAAGGCAUCAAGCUGCGUGAGGCAAACCAGCAGCAGCAGUUCAACAGGAACGUCGAGGACAUCGAGCUUUGGCUGUAUGAGGUCGAAGGUCACCUGUCGUCGGACGACUACGGCAAAGAUCUGACCAGCGUCCAGAACCUGCAGAAGAAACACGCGCUGCUGGAGGCAGACGUGGCCGCUCACCAGGAUCGUAUUGAUGGCAUCACCAUCCAGGCCCGUCAGUUCCAAGAGGCCGGACACUUUGACGCCGACAACAUCCGCAAAAAGCAGGAGGCUCUGGUCGUCCGUUACGAGGCGCUGCGUGAGCCGAUGGCCGCUCGCAAGCAGAAGCUGUCAGACUCUCUGCGGCUGCAGCAGCUGUUCAGAGACGUAGAGGACGAGGAGACGUGGAUCCGCGAGAAGGAGCCGAUCGCCGCCUCCACCAACAGAGGCAAAGACCUGAUCGGAGUCCAGAACCUGCUGAAGAAGCACCAGGCACUGCAGGCGGAGAUCAGCGGCCACGAGCCUCGCAUCAAGGCUGUCACCCAGAAAGGAGAGGCUAUGGUGGAGGAAGGACACUUUGCAGGUGAGGAGGUGAAAGUGAAGCUGGCUGAGCUUCACGGACGCUGGGACUCGCUGAAGGCAAAAGCCUCCCAGAGGAGACAGGACCUGGAGGACUCACUGCAGGCGCAGCAGUACUUCGCCGACGCCAACGAGGCCGAGUCCUGGAUGAGGGAGAAGGAGCCGAUCGUGGGCAGCGUGGACUACGGCAAAGACGAGGACUCUGCCGAGGCUCUGCUGAAGAAGCACGAGGCUCUGAUGUCGGACCUCAGUGCCUACGGCAGCAGCAUCCAGAGCCUGAAGGAACAGGCUCAGUCCUGCAGGCAACAAGUGGCGCCCACUGACGACGAGACGGGGAAGGAGCUGGUCUUGGCCUUGUACGACUACCAGGAGAAGAGUCCGCGGGAAGUGACCAUGAAGAAGGGCGACAUCUUGACACUGCUCAACAGCACCAACAAGGACUGGUGGAAGGUGGAGGUGAACGACCGUCAGGGCUUCGUUCCCGCCGCCUACGUGAAGAAGCUGGACCCGACCCAGUCGUCGUCCAGGGAGAACCUGCUGGACGAACAUGGCAGCAUCGCUCUGCGCCAGGACCAGAUCGAGAACCAGCUUGUCACCAAGGAGGCCUGCAGCGUGUCAGUGCGCAUGAAGCAGGUGGAAGAGCUGUACGGCACCUUGUUGGAGCUCGGAGAGAAACGUAAGGACAUGUUGGAGAAGAGCUGCAAGAAGUUCAUGUUGUUCCGCGAGGCCAACGAGCUGCAGCAGUGGAUCCACGAGAAGGAGAGCGCCCUCACCAACGAGGAGAUGGGCUCCGACCUGGAGCAGGUCGAGGUCCUGCAGAAGAAGUUCGACGACUUCCAGAAGGACCUGAAGGCCAACGAGUCUCGACUGAGGGACAUCAACAAGGUGGCGUCGGAGCUGGAGUCUGAAGGUCUGAUGGCGGAGGAGGCUCCGAUGGUCCAGGCCCAGCAACAAGAGAUGCUGGGUUCGGCUCCGGGCAAGGAUGAAGCUGAUUCCAAGACGGCGUCUCCAUGGAAGAAUAUUCGCUUGGCUGUUCAAACGACGGCAAACUUUAAUACCAUCAAGGAGCUGAACAACCGCUGGCGCUCGCUGCAGCAGCUUGCUGAGGAGAGGAGUAACAUGCUGGGCAGCGCCCACGAGGUGCAGCGCUUCCACAGGGAUGCUGAUGAAACUAAAGAGUGGAUCGAGGAGAAGAAUCAGGCCCUGAACACUGACAACUACGGUCACGACUUGGCGAGUGUUCAGGCUCUGCAGCGCAAACACGAAGGCUUCGAGCGAGACCUGGCUGCUCUCGGCGACAAGGUGAACUCUCUGGGUGAGACGGCGGAGCGUCUGAUCCAGUCCCACCCCGAGGCCGUGGACGACAUCCAGGAGAAGUGCACGGAGCUGAACACGGCGUGGAGCAGCCUGGUCGGACGCGCUGACCAGCGCAAAGAAAAACUGGGCAACUCCCACGACCUGCAGCGCUUCCUGUCCGACUUCAGAGAUCUGAUGUCCUGGAUCAAUGGCAUCCGAGGACUAGUGUCCUCAGAGGAACUGGCUAAAGAUGUGACGGGAGCCGAGGCUCUUCUGGAGCGACACCAGGAACACCGCACGGAGAUCGACGCCCGUGCCGGAACCUUCCAGGCCUUUGAGCAGUUCGGGCAGCAGCUGCUGGUGCGAGGUCACUACGCCAGUCCUGAGAUUCAGCAGAAGCUUGAGGCUUUGGACCGCGAGCGCGCCGACCUGGAGCAGGCCUGGGUGCAGCGCCGCAUGAUGUUGGACCAGUGCCUGGAGCUGCAGCUAUUCAACAGGGACUGUGAACAGGCCGAGAACUGGAUGGCAGCUCGCGAGGCGUUCCUUGCCAGCGACGACAAGGGCGACUCGCUGGACAGCGUUGAGGCGCUCAUCAAGAAGCAUGAGGACUUCGACAAGGCCAUUAACGUGCAGGAAGAGAAGAUCGCCGCCCUGCAGUCCUUCGCCGAUCAGCUGAUCGGAGCGGAUCAUUACGCUAAACCUGAGAUCUUCAACCGCCGCAAAGAAGUUCUAGACAGGUGGCGCCGGCUGAAGGCCCAGAUGAUCGAGAAGCGUUCCAAACUAGGCGAGUCUCAGACUCUGCAGCAGUUCAGCAGAGACGUGGACGAGAUCGAGGCCUGGAUCAGCGAGAAGCUGCAAACGGCGACUGACGAGUCAUACAAGGAUCCGACCAACAUCCAGCUGUCCAAGCUGCUGAGUAAACAUCAGAAGCAUCAAGCGUUCGAGGCCGAGCUCCACGCCAAUGCAGACAGGAUCCGCGGCGUCAUCGACACCGGCAACGCCCUGAUCCAGAGAGGAGCCUGCGCCGGGAGUGAGGACGCAGUCAAGGUUCGUCUCAACGCUCUGGAUGAGCAGUGGCAGUUCCUCGUCAACAAAUCUGCGGAGAAGAGCCAGAAACUCAAAGAGGCCAACAAGCAGCAGAACUUCAACACCGGCAUCAAGGACUUUGACUUCUGGCUCUCAGAGGUGGAAGCUCUCCUCGCCUCUGAAGAUUACGGUAAAGAUCUGGCCUCGGUCAACAACCUGCUGAAGAAACACCAGCUGCUGGAGGCCGACAUCUCUGCCCACGAGGACCGUCUGAAGGACCUGAACAACCAGGCCGACAGCCUGAUGGGCAGCAGCGCUUUCGACACCUCGCUGGUCAAGGACAAACGCGACGCCGUCAACGGUCGCUUCACCAAGAUCAAGAGCAUGGCCGCCGGCCGCCGCGCCAAACUCAACGAGUCACACCGCCUGCACCAGUUCUUCAGGGACUUGGACGACGAGGAGUCGUGGAUCAAAGAAAAGAAAUUGCUCGUGAGUUCGGAGGACUACGGACGUGAUUUGACAGGAGUUCAGAAUCUGAGGAAGAAGCACAAGAGACUGGAGGCGGAGCUGGGAGCUCACGAGCCGGCCAUCCAGUCGGUGCUCGACACUGGGAAGAAACUGUCCGAUGACAACACCAUCGGCCAGGAGGAGAUCCAGCAGAGACUGGCCCAGUUUGUGGACCACUGGAAGGAGCUGAAGGACUUAUCUGGGGCCAGGGGCCAGAGGCUGGAGGAGUCGCUGGAGUACCAGCAGUUUGUGGCGAACGUGGAAGAGGAAGAAGCGUGGAUCAAUGAGAAGUUGAACCUGGUCGGGAGCGAGGACUACGGAGACACGCUGGCGGCGGUUCAGGGUCUGCUGAAGAAGCACGAGGCGUUUGAGACGGACUUCACGGUGCACAGGGACAGAGUCAACGACGUGUGUGCUAACGGAGACGAGCUGAUCAAGAAGAACAACCAUCACGUGGACAACAUCAGUGCCAAGAUGGCCGCGCUGCGAGGCAAAGUGUCGGAGCUGGAGCGGGCGGCGGCGCAGAGGAAGGCCAAGCUGGACGAGAACUCUGCCUUCCUGCAGUUCAACUGGAAGGCCGACGUGGUCGAGUCUUGGAUCGGUGAGAAAGAAAACAGCCUGAAGACGGACGACUACGGUCGAGACCUGUCGUCUGUGCAGACUCUCCUCACCAAGCAGGAGACGUUUGACGCCGGCCUCCAGGCCUUCCAGCAGGAGGGCAUCACCAACAUCACGGCGCUGAAGGACCAGCUGCUGGCCGCCCAACACGUCCAGUCGAAAGCCAUCGAGGCUCGUCACGCCUCCCUGAUAAAGCGCUGGAACCAGCUGCUGUCCAACUCGGCCGCUCGCAAGAAGAAGCUCCUGGAGGCUCAGGAGCAUUUCAGAAAGGUCGAGGACUUGUUCCUGACGUUCGCCAAGAAGGCGUCGGCCUUCAACAGCUGGUUCGAGAAUGCGGAGGAGGACCUGACGGACCCGGUGCGGUGCAACUCGCUGGAGGAGAUCCGGGCGCUGCGCGAGGCCCACGAGGCGUUCCGCUCGUCGCUUAGCUCGGCGCAGGCCGACUUCAACCAGCUAGACGAGCUGGACCAGCAGAUCAAGAGCUACCAGGUGGUGUCCAACCCCUACACCUGGUUCACCAUGGAGGCCCUCGAGGAGACGUGGAGGAACCUGCAGAAGAUCAUCAAGGAGCGAGAGCUGGAGCUGCAGAAGGAGCAGCGGCGACAGGAGGAGAACGACAAGUUGCGGCAGGAGUUUGCGCAGCACGCCAACGCAUUCCACCAAUGGCUGCAGGAGACCAGGACAUAUCUUCUGGAUGGGUCGUGUAUGGUGGAAGAGUCCGGAACCUUGGAGUCACAGCUAGAGGCCACCAAGCGUAAGCACCAGGAGAUCCGGGCGAUGCGCAGCCAGCUGAAGAAGAUCGAGGACCUGGGAGCGGCGAUGGAGGAGGCGCUGAUCCUGGACAACAAGUACACGGAGCAUAGCACGGUGGGCCUGGCCCAACAGUGGGACCAACUGGACCAGCUGGGCAUGAGGAUGCAGCACAACCUGGAGCAGCAGAUCCAGGCCAGGAACACCACCGGAGUGACGGAGGAGGCGCUGAAGGAGUUCAGCAUGAUGUUCAAGCACUUUGACAAAGAGAAGUCUGGUCGUCUGAACCACCAGGAGUUCAAGUCGUGUCUGCGCUCGCUGGGCUACGACCUGCCCAUGGUGGAGGAGGGUGAACCGGACCCCGAGUUCGAGGCCAUUUUGGACACGGUGGAUCCAAACAGGGACGGGAACGUGUCCUUGCAGGAGUACAUGGCGUUCAUGAUCAGCCGAGAGACGGAGAACGUGAAGUCGAGCGAAGAGAUCGAGAGCGCCUUCCGAGCUCUGAGCACAGAGAACAAACCCUACGUCACUAAAGAGGAACUCUACCAGAAUCUUUCCAAGGAGCAGGCGGACUACUGCCUCUCGCACAUGAAGCCGUACCUCGACAGUAAGGGCCGCGAGCUGCCGACGGCCUUCGACUUUGUCGAAUUCACUCGCUCGCUCUUCGUCAACUGACCCCUUGCCCCCCCAGCAACCAAUCGGGACGCGUUUCCCCAAACACACACGCUUCAACACGAACACACAUGGCUGAAACUCGCAUGACUGUGGCACCAGGAAUCUUCACUGUCUCUUAUUUAACUCAACGUCGUGCUUCUGAUAGAGUAUUAGUGCAUCUGUCUGCAUCUGAAUGUGAUUGUUUUAGCUUCGAGAUCUGCAUAGUAACAAUGAUGUAACAACAAGUUGACGACUGCAGUGUGCUUCAAUAAAAACGCUACUGGUUAAAACUGGAAAA